AUGUGUCUGACAGCUCUACAGCAAGUGAAGGAGGACCCAGAGGAGGGGCUGCAGCAGUGUUGGGAAGCCCGAUGGCAGGAGUUCCUGAAGGCAGCGAAGUCCCAUAACACAGGACUGAAAAAAACAGAGGCCCCUAAGCCCUCUGCAGGGGAUGACAGUAAGAAACCUCCAGACUCCCUCGUGGGAGUAGCUGUUUCCAGUCAACAUCCAACAGGGGACUCUGUGGCACGAUUCUUUCCAGACUGCGAAGCACAAGAGGCCUUCAACAGCCUGGAUCCUUCUGUGAAAGUGAAGGAAGAGAUUCCAGAGGAGGACGCUGUUGGCUUGGAGAUACAGCGCCAGCGCUUCAGGCAGUUCGGCUACCAGGAGGCUGAGGGACCCCAAGAGGUCUUCCGCCAUCUCCGAGCACUUUGCUAUGAGUGGCUGAAGCCACGAAGCCGCACCAAAGAGCAGAUCCUGGAGCUGCUGAUCUUGGAGCAGUUCUUGAGCAUCCUCCCCCAAGAAAUGCAGAGCUGGGUAAGGGAACGUGGCCCUAAAUCCUCUGCCCAGGCAGUGGCCCUUGCUGAAGAUUUCUUAGCGGGACAGCAAGAGGUUAAGAGAGCAGAACCAAAGAUGCUGGAGACUUUGCAGGAGGUGGCUAAUAAAUCCCUCUCAGAGGACAAAGUGAAAGUGCAACUGGUCAUGGAGACAACACCUGAAAAGGAGGAGGAGGCUCGCUCGCUUGGUAAGGGUUUCUAG